AUGGACAACCGUAUGAACGAGGGAAAUGACCAUGAACACAAUUCUUCGAUAUUUGUAACAAAUUUUCAAAAUGGUGAAACCGUGAAUUAUCCUCUCGUUUUAAUAAAAGGAUUUAUAACAAGAGGAAACUCUAACAACCAAGAACAAUUGAUAUGUACAGUUUCAAACGAUGGAAUCAAAUACAAAUCGCAAUGGAAUGUAUAUAAUGGAGAAUUCAAAGUGCUUGUUGAAUUGACCAAAAGUUACAAUACUAUUGAUUUGGAUUUUAAGGGACAGAAAAAAACAUUAUUAUUGGAAUACAGUCCCCGCAACACAAACCUUAGAGUUACCCCUGUUUACAUCAUUUGUCAAGGCCACGAUGGAUGUUUCCAAAGUCCGCUUGACGUCGAUUGUUCUGUAGAGAGCGCUUGUUCAAAAAUUUCAUUAGGUGCAAAACUAAUACAAAGUAUUACAGCAGAAAAGCUUUUUGAAAGCGGAAUAGGAAGAAAGACAUUUCAACUUGAACAUGAAGUAGAUCCUAAAAAACCUGAAUGCAUUAUAUUUCGAAGUAAUUUAAACGUUAACAAAGCCAGAAAAAUGAAACAGGCUGAACUAUGGACACAUUUUGGCAGAGAAUUAAUGCUAUCAGAAUUAGGAAGCAAUGAAAGAAAAUUUUUGGGCUUCAUAUCUUGUACACGAUUUAAGGGCACGGAUAUCGACAAGCCAAUGACGCAUGAUGAAAUUGUUUCUCUAACUGAAGCUUAUGCAGCUUUGGGGGGUGGAGGCCUAGCUUUAUUCGGUACUGCGUGUUUGUAUACAUGGCCUACAUCUGUAGAUGAAGUGAUACCUAAAUUCUUAGACUCAACACCAAUUAACUCGCGGCGCUUCAUGGAUGACAGUGGCUAUAGAGGCACUGUUGGUGGAUGUUUUGCGACAACAUUGGGAUCAGUUUUUCAUGAGCUUGGUCACACUUUUGAUUUAGGCCACACUAAAGAUGGUAUAAUGGGACGUGGAUUUGAUAAUAUUGAUCGUGUUUUCAUUGUAGGAGAAAAAAAAUCAUCAUUAGUUAAGGAUAAUAUGAAUAAUUAUAGUGGAAAACCAGUUCAACAUUCUACUGUUUCACUUCAACGAAAUAUAAGUGUUACAAUGAAUGUGGCAGAACCAUUACGAGUAUUAGGACCAAGAAGUAAAACGACACUUGGAAAUUUUGCUUCAAUGUCGAAGUCUGAUAUAGUAAGAAGAAGUCCAAAUGUUACUCCUAUAACUAGGCCCUCAAGCGUGUAUUCGAACAUAACUAAUAAAUUUUCUGAUUCCAAGAAAAACAUAAAUCGUAUCAACGGUAAUGACCCCAUUUACUGGACCAGAAACUGUGCUGUACUUUUAUCUUACCACAGAUGGUUCAAUAAUGAAUAUGGAAGAGAAAGGCAAGCAAUUACAAGAUAUUUAAAAUUUGACAAAAAUAAAAUGAUGAUAAUUUCAACUGCUGGAAUAAGAAUUGUUGAAGUACGAGAUGAGUCGAAUGGCAUGGUAUUAGAUUCGUACGAAUUCACCGAUCUACUACCAGAAAAAAGGUUUUUGGUACCUUUUACGUUUUCUCCAAAAAGUAAAGUGUUGACAAUCGUCGUAGAAGACGAUUUAGGAAAUGUGUUAAAACAAUCCUUUUCAUAUUGA